AUGUCCACGUGUAUGCUCCUCACCGUCUGGUUCCUGAUGUGUAUUUCCGGUUCGGUUCACCAGAUUCGAGCUCAAAUCCAAACCGUAGCCACUACUCAACAAGACGAAGCGCGAGCUUUGAACUCCAUCUUCGCGGCUUGGAAGAUCCGGGCGCCGAAGGAAUGGAACAUCAGCGGCGAACUUUGCUCCGGCGCCGCCAUCGACGAGAGCAUCACCAUCGACGACAAAGCCUACAACCCUCUUAUCAAAUGCAACUGUAAUUACCGCGACGUCGACUCCACAAUCUGCCGCAUCACCGCCCUCAAGGUUUAUGCGUUAGAUGUCCGAGGACCUAUACCUCCACAGCUCUGGACUUUGACAUACCUCACGAAUCUGAACCUGGCUCAAAAUUAUCUUACAGGCACCCUUUCUCCUGCAGUUGGAAACUUGAUUCGAAUGGAAUGGAUAACUUUUGGGAUCAAUGCCUUGUCUGGCCCCUUUCCCAAGGAAAUUGGUUUGCUUACAAACUUGAAAUCGCUUGGUGUUGGUUUAAAUAACUUUUCCGGUUCUAUACCACCUGAGAUUGGGAAUUGUACAAAACUACUGAAAAUAUACCUGGGAAAUUCUGGACUUAGUGGGGAAAUACCUUCAUCAUUUGCUAAUCUUGUUGAGAUGGAAGACGCUUGGUUUAACGAUGUGAACGUUACUGGUCGGAUACCGGAAUUUAUAGGAAAAUGGACAAAACUUACUAUCUUGAAAAUUUAUGGAACUGGUUUGAAUGGUCCGAUACCGUCGUCAUUUUCCAACUUAACUUCUUUGAGAGAAUUGAGUCUUAGUGAUAUAUCCAAUGGAAGCUCUUCUCUUGAAUUCAUCAAAGACAUGAAAUCUCUAAAUAUAUUAGUUUUGAGGAACAGCAAUUUCACUGGGACUAUACCCUCCAAUAUCGGAGAAUACUCAAGUCUGCAACAAGUUGAUUUAAGCUUCAACAAACUACAUGGACCAAUUCCGGCUUCACUUUUCAACUUAGGUCGACUUACUCACUUGUUUCUGGGAAACAACACGUUGAAUGGUUCUUUGCCCACUCAAAAGAGCCAGACUUUGAGCAAUAUAGAUGUUUCGUACAAUGAUUUGUCUGGUAGUUUGCCUUCAUGGGUCAGCUUACAGAAGUUGAAACCCAACCUUGUUGCUAACAACUUCACCUUGGAAGGUCUUGACAAGAGAGCUUUUUCAGGACUGAACUGCCUGCAGAAGAACUUCCCCUGCAAUCGAGGCAAAGGAAUCUAUUCUGAUUUUUCGAUCAACUGCGGAGGCCCACAAAUACGAAGUGUUGGGGGAGCAGUAUUUGAGAGGGAGGACGAUGAUCUUGGAUCAGCUUCAUUUGUCGUGAGUGAUGUUCAGAGAUGGGCAGCCAGUAGUGUAGGACUUUAUUCCGGGAGUAGCAAUAAUAUAUGGGUUAUCAACACUUUGGACUCAGAGCUUUUUCAGUCAGCAAGACAUUCUUCAUCUUCUCUACGGUAUUAUGGUUUGGGGCUGGAAAAUGGAGGCUAUACCGUAACACUUCAGUUUGCUGAAAUACAAAUUCUUGGUUCUAACUCUUGGAGAGGUUUAGGAACACGACGUUUUGAUAUCUAUGUCCAGGGAAGACGUGUUGAAAAAGAUUUUGAUAUACGCAGAACAUCUGGUGACACUACUGUCCAAGCAGUUCAGAGAAGAUAUAAAGCUAAUGUAUCACAAAAUUACCUGGAAAUUCAUCUUUUAUGGGCUGGCAAAGGAAGUUGUUGUAUUCCUAUUCUAGGUACUUAUGGACCACUAAUAUCGGCGGUCAGUGCAAAACCAGAUUUUACACCAACUGUAGCUAACAGGCCACCAUCAAAGGGAAAUAAGAAGAAGACUGGAACUGUCGUGGGUGUCAUUGUUGGCCUAGGACUUUUGAGCAUCUUUGCGUGUGUGGUUAUCUUCAUCAUCCGAAAAAGCAGAAAGCGUUACACAAAUGAUGAAGAGCUGCUUAGUAUGGACGCAAAGCCUUACAUUUUUGCUUACUCUGAACUUAAAAGUGCCACUCAAGAUUUUGAUCCCACUAACAAGCUUGGCGAGGGAGGAUUUGGGUCUGUUUAUAAGGGAAAGCUGAAUGAUGGAAGAGACAUCGCUGUGAAAGUGUUGUCGGUUAGUUCUCGACACGGGAAGGGACAAUUUGUUGCAGAGAUCAUAACAAUUUCUACAGUCAUGCAUCGCAACCUAGUAAAACUUUACGGAUGCUGCUAUGAAGGAGAUCAUCGUUUGCUCGUAUACGAGUACCUCCCUAAUGGAAGUCUCGAUCAUGCACUAUUUGGAGGAGAUAACAAGACUUUAAAUCUAGAUUGGUCAACCCGUUUUGAGAUAUGCAUGGGAGUAGCCAGAGGUCUAGCCUACCUCCACGAGGAGGCGAGUGUUUGCAUAGUACACAGGGAUGUGAAGGCCAGCAACAUUUUGCUUGACUCUAAACUGCUUCCAAAAGUUUCAGAUUUUGGGCUUGCAAAGCUAUACGAUGACAAGAAAACCCACAUGAGCACCAGAGUGGCAGGAACCAUUGGAUAUCUUGCGCCAGAGUAUGCCAUGCGUGGACACCUAACAGAGAAAACCGACGUGUAUGCCUUUGGCGUUGUGGCUCUUGAGCUUAUCAGUGGGAGGAAAAACUCUGAUGUGAAGCUGGAGGAUGAAAAGAAAUAUCUUCUUGAAUGGGCAUGGAACCUACACGAGAAAAGACAAGAAGUAGAACUAAUAGAUGAUGAGAUGAGUGAAUUCAACAUGAAAGAAGUGAAACGCAUGAUAGGCAUUGCUCUCUUGUGCACACAGUCAUCUUAUUCCUUGAGACCACCCAUGUCAAAAGUGGUGGCCAUGCUUUCAGGAGACCUUGAGGUCAGUGAUGUAAGCUCUAAGCCAGGCUACCUAACCGACUGGAGUUUUGAUGAGACCUCAAAAUCCUCUUUCAGCGUCACAGGCACUUCUACGUCUUACUCCACGAGCUUUGUCACCCCCAGAGAGAGCGACUUUAAGCCAAUGCUUGGAGUCAAGAUCAAUGAGGGGAGAUGA